UCAUUUAAAGUUGGGGAUUGCGAUUCCUCUCAGAGCGAACUACAGAUUGAUUGAUAGUCCUGUGAGUAACUGCCUUAACAUGGGAGAUUACAAGAACGAAGGCUUUGUUGAAGUUCUUGCGGCUCAGCACAGCCCCGAGAAUCCCAACUGGUUCCAGGGGACGGCUGAUGCGGUGAGACAGUACCUGUGGCUCUUUGAGGAACAUAAUGUCGUAGAGUUUUUGGUUCUUGCCGGAGACCAUUUGUAUAGGAUGGAUUAUGAGAAGUUUAUUCAGGCACACAGAGAGACUGAUGCGGAUAUCACUGUGGCUGAGAAACCCAAAGGGGAGCAACUCAAAGCUAUGAAGGUUGAUACUACCAUUUUGGGUCUUGAUGAUGAGAGAGCCAAGGAGAUGCCUUACACUGAUUUUAGAAAUUGUGGGUACACUUGGUCCUAAAUCUCGAUCGGUAAUGUUAUUUCUAGCUGUCCGGUAUGAGAUUUUCAACCUAUUUGAUUUCAUAUAUUUUUGGUUUUUUUUAACUAAUUAAAGAAUGAAUAACUGCUUUUGUGAAGCUUUUCAGUCUAUUGGGUUUGGUUGGAUUUUUGACAUGGGGUUUUGAAAUUAUUCAUCGGUUUUUUGUUUUAUUGAAGGAAAACUGUGUUAGGAUUGGAUUUAGGUUUUGGGUCAAGAACUUUAGAUGUUUUUUUUAUUUAGUUUUUAUUACUUUGUUUGUAGUGGGUUUUAUUUUUUUGAAAUCUGAUUAUGUAGUUUGUAGUUAGUAUG